AAAUUCCGAAAAAUUGCCCGUUAUUGAUAGUGUGUGUGAAUGAAUAAGCAAUAGCAGUUUUUUCUUCUCGUUCUCGCACGUGUAAAGAAUAGCGCAGCCGGCCAGAAAAUUGUAGUUAAAUUACAUCAAACAAUUAUUUUGUGUACUCAAUAAGUUGCUUAAACGAGUGUUCUACCUGUUCUGUAAGUGCAUCCACUGAAGGAACGCGAAAAUGAUGAUGCAACUCAUCCAAAUACUCGAGAAAACUGUGUCGCCAGACAAAAAUGAAUUGCUGGCGGCAAAGAAUUUCCUCGAGCAAGCAGCUAAUUCGAAUCUUCCGGAAUUUCUCAAGGCCCUUUCGGAUGUCCUCGUUCACACGGAAAAUAGUGCCGUGGCUCGUAUGGCGGCUGGAUUGCAGCUCAAAAAUCACCUAACCAGCAAAGUUGCAAAGACUCGACAGGAAUAUCAACAACGAUGGCUUCAGCUAUCCCAGGAAAUUCGGGAAUAUAUAAAGAAAAAUAUUCUCACGGCACUUGGCACGGAAAACACAAGACCAUCGUCAGCUGCUCAAUGCGUGGCCUAUGUAGCGAUGGCUGAACUACCAAUGAAUCAGUGGGAUUACCUGAUAAUGACCCUGGUGAAUAAUGUUGUGGAUGAGCAUUCCACGGAGAUGAUAAGAGAAGCAUCACUUGAAACAAUCGGAUACAUCUGCCAAGAGAUCAGUGCAGAAGUACUUGAGAUGCAGUCCAAUCACAUCCUAACGGCCAUCAUUCACGGCAUGCGAAAGGCCGAACCGAGCAAUCAUGUCCGUCUUGCCGCAACAAAUGCCCUGUACAAUUCACUGGAAUUCACACGAGCUAAUUUCGAUCAAACUGCCGAACGCAAUUACAUAAUGGAGGUAGUCUGUGAAGCAACUCAGAGUCAGGAUACCCAAAUAUGCGUGGCAGCCUUGCAAUGUCUCGUAAAGAUUCUUUCCCUCUAUUACCACUACAUGGAACCCUACAUGGUCCAAGCACUUUUCCCAAUCACCCUCGAGGCAAUGAAGUCAGAUAAUGACCAGAUUUCACUGCAGGGAAUUGAGUUUUGGUCUAAUGUGAGUGACGAAGAAAUUGAUUUGGCCAUUGAGAAUCAGGAAGCGAGUGAAUCGGGUUGUCCACCAUCGCGCGUAUCGAAACACUAUGCUCGAGGUGCUCUGCAAUUCUUAGCACCGGUACUCAUGGAGAAGCUGACAAAGCAGGAAGAAUUUGACGAUGAGGACGAUUGGAAUACUUCAAAAGCAGCAGGUGUCUGCUUGAUGCUGUUGGCAACAUGCUGUGAGAAUGAAAUCGUGAAUUACGUGAUGCCAUUCAUAAAGGAGAAUAUCAAAGCUGAGAAUUGGCGGUACAGAGAUGCUGCUCUAAUGGCAUUCGGCUCUAUCCUUGGUGGUAUCGAUGCAAACACAGUAAAGCCACUUGUGGAGCAGGCGAUGGUGACGCUAAUUGAAUCAAUGUAUGACUCAAGCGUUGUUGUACGCGAUACAGUUGCGUGGACCUUUGGACGGAUAUGCGAGGUGAUACCUGAAGCUGUCAUUUCAUCACCGCAUCUUUCCAAAUUGCUGGAGUGUCUAUUGAGGGGAUUGAAAGAGGAACCACGGGUGGCAGCCAAUGUAUGUUGGGCAUUCACGGGUCUCUCUGAAGCAGCUUAUGAGGCAUCGUCAACAUUCGAAAGUACCCCAAAGACGUAUUGUUUGUCGGAAUAUUUUGAGUAUAUCGUUGAGUGUUUGUUGGCAACAACAGAUCGACCCGAUGGUGCACAAGCCAACCUUCGAUCGGCAGCAUACGAGGCACUGAUGGAAAUGAUCAAAAAUUCACCAUCUGAUUGCUAUAUUGUCGUACAGAAGACAACAAUGGUGAUACUUGAUAGGCUCAAUCGUGUCCUGGCAAUGGAGAAUCACAUGGCUAUUUCCAGUGAAGCUCACCAAAUUAGUGACCUUCAGUCGUUGCUCUGUGCAACACUCCAAGCUCUUCUACGUAAAGUUGAACCAGAUGAUGCACCAAAAAUUUCCGAUAUCGUCAUGAAUUCCCUCCUGAGUAUGUUUGCAUCAAACUGCGGUAAAGUUGGGAAUGUGCAGGAGGAUGCCCUUAUGGCUGUAUCAACGCUGGUUGAUCUACUAGGUGAGAAAUUCCUUGCAUACAUGGAUGCAUUCAAGCCGUACUUGUACAUGGGAUUGAAGAAUCAUCAGGAAUACCAAGUUUGUUGCGCCGCUGUGGGUCUCACGGGUGACAUCUGCCGUGGUUUGAAGCUUAAAGUUUUGCCAUACUGUGACGAAAUUAUGAUGCUCCUCAUGGAGAAUUUGAGCAAUGUAUCCCUGCAUCAGAGUGUGAAGCCCCAAAUUCUCUCAGUAUUCGGUGACAUUGCCAUAAGUAUUGGGCCUGAAUUUAAGAAAUAUCUCGAAGUUGUGCUUCAAAUGCUCAUGCACGCAUCAUUGGUACAAGUGGAUAAAAAUGAUAUGGACAUGGUGGAAUAUCUCAAUGAAUUACGUGAGAGCGUACUUGAGGCAUAUACUGGCAUCAUUCAGGGUCUAAAGGGUACGGGAGAUAAGCCACUACCGGAUGUGGAACUGAUGGGACAAUAUGUGCCACACAUUGUGAAGUUCAUCGUAACAAUUGCCCAGGAUAAGGAUUUGUCUGACAGCAACAUUGGCGUAAGUGCUGGACUUAUUGGAGAUUUGUGCACUGCAUUUGGACCACCAUUACUUCCGUUACUCGACAAUGAGGCAAUCAACAAACUCCUGGCUGAAGGCAAAAAGUCCCGAUUGCAGAGAACAAAGGCCCUUGUUAAUUGGGCCGCAAAGGAAGUGAAGAAGCUACGAAUGUUGCAGCAACAGCCGAUAGUCAACAGUUGAUUAUGUCCAAGCAUCAUUGAUCAUGUAUACCAUCAUCCUCAUAUAAGCUACAAUUACCAACCAGUGCAGGUAACACAAUCUGAAUCAUCCGUAAUUCGAUAAAUAUCACAACAACAAAAAAAAAGCUACACAAUUUUUCGGAAUAUAUCACUUUUAAACUUCUUCCAAUAGUUAUUAUAAACAGCCAUUAAAAUACUACGUAGUAAGUUAAAAAAAAAGAACAUUGAUCUAUCAAUUUAUUUACAUUUAUUACUUUUCGUUUCUUUUUUUUUAAACUCUACAAAAGUAGGAACAUUUUCUCUGGGAAGUGUGCGUGGGAGGGAUGGGGGGGAAUUAUGAAUAGACGGCUCAAAUUGUUUGAUGAAUCAAAAAUUUUAUUGUGACGUUUUUCGCUUGCAAUUGGCUGAAAACAAGGCGUUUUUUCGUUCAAAAAAAAAUUUAUACAGUCAAUAAAGAAAAUUGUGAAAUUCA